GUGAAGACAAAGCCAUUGGAUAGUGAGAGGAUAGAGGGUGCUCCAUGGAUGUGAGCUGCAUCUGUAUGUUCACAUAGAAGGGCGAGCGAAGGAGCAAAUGUGGGCAACAGCUGUCAGUGACACAUCAUUUCCCCAACAGCCACAAACAAGAUAAGAGCCUUGCAGGGGCCCUUAACUGCUGGGUUCUGAUGGUUCAAAGAGAAAAAGCACAUGAUGACUUUGAAGGAGGCUGCCUGGCUGAGCUGAUCGGAUCACCUAGAGACUGGAAAUGCUUUCUAGCAGUGCCUGAGCCUCUACUGGCUGUUCAACACUGGCUGCACUUAUGGAAACCACAGACAAAAGAUGGAAACAGCCUCCACCAGCAUGGGGAUCAGGUGUGGGGCAAACACAGGAGACAAAGCCGUCUGAAGUCACCUGCCCUGUCUGGACAUUCCAUAGACUACCAUUUUUACCCACGACUUCGAUGUGGUACGCUCAUUGGACCAGAUGAGCAAGCAGUGGCGAGUGGGUUGGAGGUCUUGGUAACCAGUCUAACCAAAAUCCUGGGAGAGCUGUUCCCCAAUGCAGCACACUUCCUAGAAGAAUGUCCUUUCACCUUGGACUAUUGAUUCUUCAGUUUUGAAGUGGAUUCUGCACUCAAGAAACAUACCAUUGAAGAAUGGGACUGGUGGGAAGGUAACCAGUCCAACCAAGAUCCUGGCAGAGCUGUUCCCUGAUGGGGCACACUUAUUGGAAGAAGCAAGUGAAUGUAAAGGAGGGUGGACUUAGAGGAGACUGUGGUGCUCUACCAAGAUCUUUCUUCAGGGCCAAUACAUCCAUUGUUGAGUUGUGACAGACAGGAGCUGGGGGUGGCUUGCCUCUCACUCUGGGAAUUGCCCUCAGUCAUAGGGAACUGCCUUACUCAAGGGUCAGUCACCUUCUGGAGGUUAGCUCAUGUUCAAUUCCUGGCUGAUACAGGAAUACGAAGGACCAGUCCUUGUCUCAGCUUGGGACAAAUCUGAAAGCCCAUCACAACUUCAGAGAUGAAGGGUGGGAGCUGCCUCCACUGCCGCGUUUCCUCCUGUAGCUUUCUUUCAUGGCCAGUGUCUUGGGGUGUGCCCUGCACUCCAUGCCCCCAGCACUCCUUGGCCUUGCCUCUGUGUGAAGAUCUGUUCUUCAGUUUCUGCUGCACUUCCUCAUCAGCAUUCAGACUCCUCUAAAGUAAACCCAGGACCCUUGUUUGACUUCCCGUGCCUCUCAAGUUCCUUACACGAGACCUCUGCUGAGAUGCCUCACUCUCUAAUCCUCUCCAAUCAACGCAGGUUGGGAGCCUGUACUUGAUGAAGCUGCUCCAUCAAGGUUCCCUCUACCUUAACAAAUCCUGUGCAAAGUUCUUUCUCUACAUCAAUGGAAUCUUUCCGCAAAGUCUGGCACAGAGCUCUGCUGCUUUCAUUUAGAAAUAUUUCCCCGACGGAUUUGUGGGACACAAACAAUCUCAUGGCUACUGUUCUCCCCGGGUUCCCUGGCCACUCUCUCUCGUAGUGAUUCCCUGCAUUAAUUUCCUGUUCUGCUGUGAAAAAUCACCACAAACUUAGUGGCUUCAAACAAUGUGGAUUUGAUAUUUUACCCUUUUGUAGGUUAGAAGUUCAACAAGGAUCUUUCUGGGCUAAUACCAAGGGGGUGGCAGGGCUGUGUUCCUGCUGGUGGUUAUAAGGGAGAAAUUCUUUCCUUUUUUUCCAGAUCCUAGAGGCCACAAGCAGUCCUUGGCUUGUGACCUCUUCCUUUAUCUUCAAAGCUAAGAGCCUAGCAUCUUCUCUCCUCUUUGGCCUGUGCUUCCAUCUUCUAUCUUCUUUCCCUGCUUUGAACUCUUCUGCCUCCUCUUCUAAGGGCCCUUGUCAAACAGGCGCCCACCCAGGUGAUCCAGGAUAAUCCUCCCCACUGCAGGAUCCUGAGCUCAUCUGCAAGGUCCCUUUUCCCACAGAAUAGAAUGACUCACAGGUGCUGGGAAUGAGGAUGUGGACAUGCCUUGGAGGGGCCAUUAUUCAGCAGACCACAAUCCGUCUCCCUAAAUUCACCUCUUAAUUUUGGGGCAUCCUAAAUUUGGUUCUCUGCUUACUUCUCGUCUCCAUCCAUACUCUCUGAGGAGAAGAGCUCACCAAGGACCGUGGCUGUAAAUGCGUUCUUUGAGCUGGCGUUUUUCAAAUUGUAUUUCCACUCCGGACCUCGUCCCUGAGUUCCAGGUUUGUAUUCAUAUCCGCCUGUGUGCAUUGU